UCGCGAUAUGAUGAUCUGAGCGUUUGCCACAACAACGCACCAGAAAUCACGAAAACAUCCGCUUGCUUUUUGGUAAACUUUACCAUGGAUGUAAAACUCACACAAGGGGCAGUUGAAGCCUUGCUUGGUGGAUCAGUGGUAACAAAUCCUGUGCUACAACUUCUGGCCAUUCGUAAGCUCAGUAAUGACUCCAGUCCACCCAGAUACCGACUCUUUAUGAGUGAUGGCGUGCAUUCUCAGUCUUCUUUCUUGUUGGCUUCUGAGCCUGAGGAGAAUCUGGUGCCCAACUCUGUAUGUAUGCUGAAGCAUACCAAGGUUGACCUCAUGCGGGAUGGCAGACCUGUGGUGAUUGUGUUAGAAAUGGAGAUCGUGAAAUCAGCCAAGGAAAUUGGAGGGAAAAUUGGACAUCCAACUACAUAUUAUUUAGAUGGAACAAAAUCUCCUCAGAAACCAGCCUCCACUCCACCGGUCCCAGCAUCCCCCCCUCUUGGUGCAGUUGCUGGACCCUCCCAUAAGUAUAGCAGUGGUAAGUAUCUCAUCACCAUUUCUUCUCCAAAAGACUGUGGUAAAGAGUUGGCGAAAAAGACGCCCACAGGGACUGCCAAUGUUUCUCCAACUGCUUCACCAACAAAGACGUUUUCUAUUAGUAGUCUGAACCCCUAUCAAAGCAAAUGGACCAUCAAAGCCAGAGUUAUGAACAAGUCCAACAUCCGCACCUGGAGUAACUCCAGAGGAGAGGGCAAGCUGUUCUCAUUUGAAGCUUUGGAUGACAGUGGAGAAAUCAGGAUCACAGCCUUCAACAAUGAAGUAGACAAGUUUUUCUCUCUGGUGGAGCAAGGCAAGGUUUACUACAUCUCUAAGGCCACACUGAAGCCAGCCAACAAACAGUACACAAGAGUGAAGAAUGACUAUGAGAUGACCCUCCAUUCUCAAACCAGCAUUGUACCCUGUGAUGAGAGUGACGACAUCCCCAUGGUGCAGUAUGACUUUCUGCCCAUUGCAGAGCUGGAGAACCAAAACAAGGAUGCCAUCAUUGAUGUAAUUGGAGUGUGCACAAGUGCAGAGGAUGUGUCCCAUAUUAUCACUAGGACCAGCAGGGAAGUCUCUAAGAGAGCCCUCCAGUUAAUGGACACAUCUGGUAAAGUGGUGACGGUGGCACUGUGGGGACAGGAGGCUGAGAGGUUUGACGGCUCUGGGCAGCCUAUAAUUGCCAUCAAAGGAGCUCGCAUGUCUGACUUUGGGGGCAUUUCUCUGUCUGUCCUGUCCAGCUCAACAGUCACUGUCAACCCAGAUAUACCACAGGCCUUCAGACUGAGGGCUUGGUAUGACCAGAAAGGCUGUGUUAUGGCCAGCCAAUCCCUGACGCAGACUAGUUCACUGGGCAGUGGAUCAGCUAUGAACUGGAAAACAUUGAGUGACAUCAAGGAUGAGCACAUGGGACAUGGUGAGAAGGCAGACUAUUUCAGCUGUGUGGCGACAGUUGUGUUCAUUCGUAAGGAAACUUGUUUGUACCAGUCGUGUCCAUCUGGAGACUGCAAGAAAAAAGUUAUAGACCAACACAAUGGACGGUACCGCUGUGAGAAAUGUAACAGAGAGUUCCCCAACUUUAAAUACCGACUCUUGCUCUCUGCCAACUUAGCAGACUUUGGGGAUAACCAAUGGGUGACUUGCUUCGAGGAGACCGCUGAAGUCCUGCUGGGUCACAAUGCCGUAACACUGGGACAUCUUCGGGACACAGACGAGGAUGCAUUUAAUGAGGUUUUCCAGAAAGUAAACUUCAGUAAUCACAUCUUUAAGAACAGAGUCAAGCUGGAGACAUACAAUGAUGAAGGUCGUGUGAAAGUUACUGUGGUGGAUAUCCAACCCAUCAACCACAGACACUACAGCAGGCGACUCAUAAGUAACAUCCGCAAACUGGCCAUCCAGUCUAAUUAGUCUGUGACCGGUGUUGGACCCUGAUGAGAUAACUGCAUAUCUGACUGAGGAAACAGAGGAGCAGGCGGUGAUUCACCAAAUUCAGUGACAGCCAAACAAAUAUUUGCAGAAGUUCUCUUCAAAUAAGCAAACUAUGGAAAACCAGUUCUGAUCAACUGGCUGUUUCAUGUCAAUGACUGACUUUUAAUAUAAUCACGCAAAUAAUUUAUUGUGGCUACAGAAAUCCGUAGCGUAAAUCCCAUAUUUAAAUUUUUUAUCUUAUUGUUUUGUGUUGGGGUUUUCUUUUCAUGACUCUCUUUAUUGCAAACAUUUUGAUGUAGAAAAGCUUCUGCUUGGAGUUGAACUAGAGAUAAUUGUACUUAAUCUGAGAACAGGUCAGAUUAUUUUUCUUUUGUCUUUUAAAACGGUGUGGAGUAAGUGCACGUGAGAUGCACUUUUAUUUGCGCUUUACAUAAUUAACAGUGUGUAAAAUCUGUCAAAAUGAGUGAAGAAAAUGCAAGUGUUGACUUUUCUUUCUGGCUUCUUGAAUUUCCAUCAAGAUAACAGUAAAAACACUUCAUUACUGCC